UCAAGAAGCUUCGGUGAGAGUAGAGGGAGGAAACGGGUGCACGGUGAGGCUAGGAGGGCAUCGGGGUCGCCGCUCCCGGCGCCCCAAAGUUCUCCGAGAUGUGGCUGAAGCCCGAGGAAGUGCUCCUCAAAAAUGCGCUGAAGCUGUGGAUGAUGGAAAGAUCCAAUGACUACUUCGUGCUGCAACGGCGUCGGGGCUACGGGGAGGAAGGCGGAGGGGGGCUCACAGGGCUUCUGGUUGGGACACUUGAUUCAGUCUUAGACUCAACUGCAAAAGUAGCUCCAUUUCGCAUCCUACAUCAGACACCUGAUUCUCAAGUUUACUUGUCAAUUGCAUGUGGGGCCAACAGAGAAGAAAUAACCAAACAUUGGGACUGGUUGGAACAAAAUAUAAUGAAGACUUUGUCUGUGUUUGAUUCAAAUGAAGAUAUUACUAAUUUUGUACAAGGAAAGAUAAGAGGGUUAAUUGCUGAAGAGGGAAAGCAAUCUUUUGCGAAAGAAGAUGAUCCAGAGAAAUUUCGGGAAGCCCUUUUGAAAUUUGAAAAAUGCUUUGGUUUGCCAGAGCAAGAGAAGUUAGUCACCUACUACUCCUGCAGUUACUGGAAAGGACGGGUUCCUUGCCAGGGAUGGCUUUAUCUAAGCACCAAUUUUCUGAGCUUCUAUUCUUUUUUGUUGGGAUCAGAAAUAAAACUCAUUAUCUCCUGGGAUGCCAUUUCAAAACUUGAAAAGAGCUCCAAUGUCUUACUGACUGAGAGCAUUCAUGUGUGUUCCCAAGGAGAAAAUCACUACUUUUCAAUGUUCUUGCAUAUAAACCAGACAUACCUUCUGAUGGAACAAUUGGCCAACUAUGCUAUAAAGAGACUUUUUGAUAAGGAAACAUUUGAUAAUGACCCAGUCCUCGAUGAUCCUCUACAAAUUACCAAGAGGGGUCUGGAAAAUCGAGCCCAUAGUGAGCAGUUUAAUGCUUUUUUUAGACUGCCCAAAGAGGAGACUUUGAAAGAAGUACAUGAAUGUUUCUUAUGGGUACCAUUCAGCCACUUCAAUACUCAUGGGAAAAUGUGCAUCUCAGAAAACUAUGUCUGCUUUGCUAGCCAGGAUGGUAAUCUCUGUAGUGUAAUCAUCCCAUUACGAGAGGUUUUAGCUAUAGAUAAGAUAAAUGAUACCAACAAAUCUGUUGUCAUUAGCAUCAAAGGAAAAAGAGCAUAUCGCUUCAGUGAAGUAAAAGAUUUUGAGCAGCUUGUGUCAAAACUCAAGUUAAAGUGUGGGGCAGCUUCAGUUAAGAAUCCUGAUACUGGCACAGAGGUUCCUGUAAGUUCUGAUUCUGUAGAUUCACCUGACAGUACUGAAGUACCAGCAGAUCAGAGGGAGUGCAGCAAAACUGUGAACACAGAAGCCUUAAUGACAGUAUUUCAUCCACAGAAUUUGGAGACUCUUAACUCCAUUAUGCUGAAAGAAAAGAUGAAAGAACAGUCAUGGAACAUCCUAUUUGCAGAAUGUGGGCGUGGUGUUAGCAUGUUCCGAACCAAAAGAACUCGAGAUCUGGUUGUAAGAGGAAUUCCAGAGACCUUAAGAGGAGAGCUCUGGCUCCUUUUUUCAGGUGCUGUUAAUGAUAUGGCUACUAAUCCUGGCUAUUAUGCUAACGUGGUUGAGAAGUCCUUUGGUACCUGCAACUUGACUACUGAUGAAAUUGAACGUGAUUUGCGUCGCUCUCUUCCUGAGCAUCCAGCCUUUCAGAGUGAUACUGGUAUAUCUGCCCUGAGGCGGGUGCUUACAGCUUAUGCAUACAGGAAUCCCAAAAUUGGAUACUGCCAGGCAAUGAACAUUUUGACUUCAGUAUUGCUUCUGUAUGCAAAAGAGGAAGAAGCAUUUUGGCUUCUGGUUGCGGUUUGUGAAAGAAUGUUGCCUGAUUAUUUUAAUCGUCGAAUCAUUGGUGCCUUGGUGGAUCAGGCAGUAUUUGAGGAACUUAUCAGGGACCACUUCCCCCAGCUCACAGAACGCAUGACUGAUAUGACAUUCUUUUCCUCAGUUUCUCUUUCAUGGUUCCUCACACUUUUUAUUAGUGUGCUGCCUAUUGAAAGUGCAGUGAACGUGGUAGACUGUUUCUUCUAUGAUGGAAUACGGUCCAUUUUACAGCUGGGAUUGACUAUAAUUGAGUAUAAUUUAGAUAAACUGCUGGCAUGUAAAGAUGAUGCUGAAGCUGUGACAACUUUAAACAGGUUCUUUGACAGUGUCACUAAUAAGGAUAGCCCGUUGCCUUCGAGUGUUCAACAGGGCUCAAAUAUAAGUGAUGGGAAAAAAAGCAGUCAUAUCAAAGUGGAUAUUGCAGACUUGAUUAGAGAAUCAAAUGAAAAAUUUGGUACUAUUCGCUAUGAAGAUAUACACAGCAUGCGCUGUCGAAACAGGUUAUAUGUAAUACAGACACUAGAGGAAACAACAAAGCACAAUGUGUUGCGUGUCGUAUCACAAGAUGUGAAAUUGAGCCUUCAUGAGUUGGAUGAACUUUAUGUCAUAUUUAAGAAAGAACUGUUUUUUUCUUAUUAUUGGUGUUUGAGUUGUCCAGUUCUGAAGUACCAUGAUCCCAGUCUGCCAUAUUUGGAACAAUAUCAGAUUGACUGCCAGCAGUUCAGAGUGUUGUAUCAUUUGUUGAGUCCUUGGACUUCUUCUCCAAACAGAGACUCACUAGCUUUAUGGACAUUCAGAUUGCUGGAUGAAAACUCUGACUGCCUUAUAAACUUCAAGGAAUUCUCCUCUGCAGUUGACAUAAUGUACAAUGGAAGCUUUAUUGAGAAAAUUAAACUGCUUUUUAAACUGCAUAUUCCUCCAGCUUAUACUGAAGUGACACCAAAGGAUCCUUCAAAGAGAGAUGAACUCUCCAAGGAAGAAUUACUUUAUUUCAGUCAACUCCAUGUUUCCAAGCCUUUGGAUGAAAAGGAAGCAAAAUCCAUAAAAAACAGCCCUGAGAAAGGCAAAGAAAAAGUUGAUAUUCAAGAAUAUCUGAGUCAGUGGCAAGAUGAACUUUCUAAAAAAGAAGAAAGCAUUAAGGAUUUACCAAGAAUGAAUCAGUCACAAUUUAUUCAGUUUUCAAAGACCCUAUUUAACUUAUUUCACGGGGACCCUGAAGAAGAGUCAUUAUAUCAAGCCAUUGCUGUUGUAACCAACCUUUUACUCAGGAUGGAAGAAGUUGGAAGAAAACUGCAUAGCCCUCCACCAUCAGCCAAAGGAUUCUCUGAGAUAGUUUGUGCUCCUGGAGGACCCGGGCUGGAGGAAACUGAGAGGCUAUUAGAGAAAGAUUCUUCCUCUCCCAAGGAAGAACCUCAGUGGUCAUUUGCAUUUGAACAGAUUAUUGCUUCUUUGUUGAAUGAGCCAGCACUGGUGAGGUUUUUUGAGAAGCCCGUUGAUGUAAAAGCUAAACUAGAAAAUGCAAAGAGCUCUCAGUUAAAUUGUAGAAUUAAGAUAUAA